AUGCCCCAGGAUUGGCAAACGUCCAGGCCACAAGACUUUCAGCAUGGCACCAAAAUAAGUGCAGACCCCAGAUUGGCUUGGCGACGAUCGAGGGACUGGAUUGGUGGAGAGGACGGAGUCUGUUCGGGUGGCUCAAUCGAUGGGAUUCCAAUGUCUUACAAGGCGCUACUUACCAUCUUCUUCCUCGUCGCCAAGGCCUCCGGGGGCCGAAACUCAGUCAUGCGUAUGGAAUCAUUAAAGCCGGAUUUUAUUGGAUCCCUUGCAACAGGGAUCUGUGCAUCGGUUGUUGGGUGA